AUGGCAGAUUAUCCUAUCUUUAGCUUCUUCUGCACUUCCAUCGUGGUUUUGUCACUGCUGCGCUUGUCUACUGCAGUUGACACCCUGACUUCAGCACAAUUUAUUAAAGAGGGAGAGACAUUAGUUUCCGCAGGCAGAAAAUUUGAGCUCGGUUUCUUUUCUGCUGGAAGGUCAAAGAGCAAUUUCCUGGGGAUACGGUUCGUGGCGAGUCCUGAUACGGUUGUUUGGGUUGCUAAUAGGAACAAUCCACUCACUGAUUCAAAUGGUACUCUGGAAAUAAGCAAUGAAGGCGAACUUGUUCUUCUCAACCAAUCAAGGAGUGUCAUUUGGUCAACGAAUUCAACUAAGGUUCUCCGUAACCCAAUUGUACAGCUCCUAGAUUCUGGUAACCUUGUUCUUAGGGAAAGCAACAGUUUAGAUUCUGUUGAUUACUCAUGGCAAAGCUUUGAUUACCCAUCAGACACGAUUUUGGUUGGUAUGACAGUGGAAUGGAACUUUAAAACCGGUUUGGAACAUUAUCUGACUUCCUGGAGAAGCACAGACGAUCCUUCCCCUGGAGAUUAUACAUUCAGAUACAAAAUCGAUGGGUUACCUCAACUUGAAAUAAUCAGCCAUGGUUCAGCCAAAGUAUAUCGAACUGGGCCAUGGGAUGGAGUUAAAUUUGGUGGCGUUUCCAAUGAGCUGAAUAUCGUUGUUAAAGCCAUCGCUAUUUACAACAAAACGGGUGCCUAUUUUGCGUUUCGAGCUUUGAAGGACGAUAUCACUGCCAAAGUCACAUUAAGCUCAGAUGGGUUUGUGCAUUGUCAUCUUCUGAAGAGCGGAAGCAUGAAAUGGGAUCUAAUGGCUUUAUGCCAGAGUCACAAGAAGAUUGGGACAUGCUUAAUUCAACAGAGGGGUGCAUAA